ACGUGCAGUCUGCAUUAAUUUUUGUUGAGAGUCUCUACGACUCAGAAUUGAACUGUUCACAUCGAGCGUCAUCACUUUUUUGUUUAUUUGUUUGUUUGUUUGUUUUGUUUUGUUUCCUCCCUUUGUUUUACACCAUUUGUUAAACAGUGUACAACACGUUUUUUGUGUUAUUUUUAUUUCUGUGAAUACACCGGAAUGGAACUUAAUUCUCUUCUACUUCUUCUUGAGGCAGCAGAGUACUUGGAAAGAAGAGACAGAGAAGCAGAACACGGUUACGCAUCUGUUUUGCCGUACGAUAGCGACUUUUCCAGAAAGAAAACUAAAUCCUCUCCCAUUUCAAGAAAAAACCACAAUAAUAGGUCAUCACACAAUGAGCUGGAAAAACACAGACGUGCCAAACUGCGAUUGUACCUGGAGCAGUUGAAACAGCUUGUGCCUUUGGGUCCUGAUAGCACCCGUCACACCACACUGAGCCUGCUCAAACGCGCCAAAAUGCACAUCAAGAAGCUGGAGGAACAGGACAGGAAGGCUCUAAACAUGAAGGAGCAACUGCAGAGAGAACAUCGCUACCUCAAACGGCGCCUGGAGCAGCUCUCUGUACAGGGCUUAGAGCGCAUUCGCACUGACAGCAUGGGCUCCACCAUCUCCACUGACUCUGAACAAGAAGUGGACGUUGACAUAGAGGGCAUGGAGUUCACACCAGGUGAGGGUGAUAGCGUGGACAGUGUUAGCGAUGGUGAGGACCACUACAGCCUGCAGAGCAGUUCCAGCGAUGGAGGCCACCAUUCACAUUCCCACAGAUUACAGGCUCACAUCUGCUAGGCCGUGUCAGACCUCAACAGUGUGUCACCUUCAACAUACCCAUCAGCCACUCCCCAGCUGGCAGGAAGCACCUGGCUGAUUUCCACUCCUCAGAACACUCUCUCCCCUCUCAACCUUUGCAACGCUUUAUAUCAAACCCUCCCUAACCCCAUAAAUACACACAGACAAGCAAUAUGUGGUUUUAGUAAGAACAUGUGGUGUGGUAAUGCAGUUUUAACUUGUCUGUUCUGCUGUGCAUGUAUGAGAAACUGUGGCUCUGUUCCAAAAUCUAGUAACUGCCUUGCUGCCUAUCACCUACAUAAAUGCAGUAUCCUAACUGAAAAGGAAAAAAAACUCUACAUAGGCUUGCUUAUGUGUAUCUCACAAAGCAGCAUGAUUUUACUGUGUACUUAUUGGCUGUGUUUACACUUGCACAAAAUCUGAUUUUUUUUUUUUAACUCGCAUCUGAUAUAGAUCAGAUAUUGUCGCACAUGUAUAAAAACAAAAAGCUGCACAAGUUCUUUUUUUUUCAAAUUCGUUUUGCGCCACUUCCAAAUAUAGUUUUAAAUCCGAUACAUAUUUGAUAUCGGGAAAUCUAACCUAUUAUCUAAACAUGUAUAUGAUUCAUAAUGGAAUUCCGCACCACCACAGGUGAGAGUGACAUAUUUACCCACAUUAUAACUAUUCUUAAUGUCAUAUUAUGAAGCACACAUGCCUGUACGCACUCGCACAAAACUGGCACAGCUUGCUUGAUUAAGGUGGAAACUUUAGGUUAGGAAAUAGUUUAUGCACACACAGAAACAUUCAGGAGAACAGAAAUCCGCCCAAUUAAUUUUCUGAAUAAAUUAGAUUCUCUACUGAAUGCUAGACUUUAUUUUUCCAUAACAAAGUGAUAACGUUGCUGAUUUUGAAGUACUUUAUUUAAUUUAAAUGAGUCUCACCACGCUAUUAAUAAACGGAAAUUACAGUUAUUUUUAAUCUGUUCAGUUCAGAUUUGUGCAUUAAUGUAAACACAGCCUUUGGUAAGUAAGUCUAUAAUACCCGAAAUCCUAAUUAGGUAGGCAGGUCACUAGGUUUGUGAACAGGGCUUGCUUGUGUGUCAGUUCAUUUUCCAUCAUGGGUUUGAACAGAAUUCUUUUGUGGUUCUUGAAAGUGCAAGUCGUAGCAUUAGGCACACUAAUAAGACUCCCUAACAGACUAAUGGACAGGGAGCAAACGGACAGAACUUCAGGGCACUUCUAGGAAUCAGUGGAUUCUGUUUUCAGUAUUCACCCUAUGCAGUUAAAUUGACCAUGAAGAUUCAUUAAUUGGCUACUUUUUUGUAAAAGAAAAAGAAUAUUAAUAUCUAGUGGUUGAUUCAUAUUUAAAGCAUUCAGCUGAGCAAAGAAAUGGUGCUAUGCAAAUGCAUCAGUGCAGUAAACUUUCAGUAGUAAAUGAUGUAGCAAUAAACUUGGAAAGCUAUGGCUUUCUGAUGCAGUGAACUGAUUCUGGACCAAGCCUGAGAGACUUGAGAAGAUGAGUAGCUCUGUUCAUCUUUUCACCUGUUUUGUGUAGAUUAUGUGUGUGUAUGGCCAGCACUCAAACUGACAAGUCAAAACUGUAUGACCAUACCAUGUGAAGGUGUAGGGGUGGGAAAAGCUCUUUGUUGAGGAGUUGGUACUGUCAGAAAAUUAUAUUGAUGCUUUUAGUCCAUUGUCUUUCCCUCUAACUUACUUGCAAUAAUUUUUGAAGCCUUUUUCCUUCAGCAGUAUAUAUGCAGUGCAGUGUGCAAUAUUCAGUAUAUAAAAGAAAGUUCUUUGUGCUGGGAAUUCCAACGCCUCACAGACAGUUCCAGUCUUCAAAGCAGGUUAGACCAAAAUAAAUGAGAGAAAGUAACAGAGGGAAAAAAAAAUGUAUAUUUGAAAAAAGAAGCCAAAAAAAAAAAAUAUUGGUCACUGAAAGUGAUAUUAUAUUUUCUGUAGUAGCUUUUGUAUUAUAUUUUCCUAAAUAGUCUUUGAUUAAAAGACAAAUAUAAAAGUAUAUGACAGAAUAUAAGGCCAGGCUAAAUUUGUUUGGGAGAACUCUGGCAUUUGUCCCUAACUGUCAUGCUGUGCCUUGACUUGUCGUAUCCCUGUUCUUUUCCUCAUCUCUUUCAUACAUCCCUCCAACCCUACUCAAAACCAGCCUGCCAGCCACCCCACAGCUUCCUUGUCCUUUUGAUGAGAAAUUUGGGUUAGUCACCUCUGACCUCCAUUUUUUUUUAAAUUCCUCAAAAACGUGUUUUUCAUUCUGCCAUCCAACAUCAUUCACAUAUGUGACACUGGUCAUCUUCUCUUGUGGCAGCUCGUCUCACACCAUUGAAAAGCGUUAUCUAAUCGACUCUGCCCUUGAGGCUCUUUUCACAGUUUUUUUUUUUGCUUCAUAAUAGCUGUCUUGUUUUGGUCUUUAUGCCUGUGAUGUGUUUUUUUUUUUUUUUAUUUUAUUUCAAACAAUGAAGUGGAAGACCUUGGGAGAAGAGCAUUGGAAUCAAUCAUUAAUGGCAGCUCGAGUCCUCCCCACACUCUCCCAACGGUAGUUCCUGUUUAGUGUUAAAGUGUGCUUAAGGCGAUCAUAGUAUUUGAUCCUCUGCCCAUAAGAGCAAAGAUACAGCAAUAUGAUUAUUUUGUUUGUAAAGGAGUGGGGUGUAUUAGAAAGCAGCACUGUUUCAACAUUAUGGUGCACAUUGUGACCAACUCAUUGAGUUUUUUUUUUAAUCUCUCCAUUCUCUGCAAACACUGAAAGGAGGAUGGAAGCCCAUUUUCUGCCAUGGAGUAAUAAAUUAUAAAAAUAAUCAUUUAAAAAUCGAAAAAAUAAAUAAAAAAGGUAAUUGUGACCUUUUGUCUCACAAUUUAUACUAUAAACUCCGAAUUCUGAUGUUUUCCACAAUUGUAAACUGAAUUUUGAAUUUACAUCUUAUAUCUCACAAUUGUGACAUUUCUUCAUGAAAUUGUGCGUUUUUAUAUAUGACUUUAUAAUUUACAUAAAAAUGUAUAUAAUAAUUGUGAGAUAUAAACUCAGAAUUGCAAUUACGUCUAAUAUUUUUUUAUUUCAUAGCAGAAAUUGGCUUCCAAGGGAGGGGGAUUUUGUUUUUUUAUUUUGUUUUGUUAAGUUUCGUUUUAUAUCUUUUUUUGAAGCUUUUUUUAAAGCUACAUUUUUAUGAAGAGUUUACAUUUAUGUCAUGGAUAUGCCUGACUGUUGUAGCAAAACUAUUCUUUUUCAGUGUGUUUUGGUAUGUUGAUCAAGUGACUUUUUAAAAUCGGAAAACCUCUUGCACAGAACCUCCCAUUAAUGCAAUUAGGCAUGAGAUUUCAUAAAAUCUCUAAGAGAUUGUAGCUUUCAUUGGCAUUAUCUAAGAAGUCACAUGCCAAAUAUGUGAAAUAAAGCUAAAGCCAGUUUCCAAUGCGAUGAAAGAAUAUCUUUGUGACAGAGACAGGGCUAUUCAGUGGCUGCAUUUUUUUUGUUUUUUUUUUUUUGGAAAGCUUUAAAACACUAAAAUGUGGGUAUGUCAGCAGACAGGCACGGAUAUAAUUAUGUGGAAAGUGCCAGGUGUCCGAGGAUUUUAAAUGUGUGUUCCAUCCCUCAGAUGAGGAAAGAAAAAAAAGAGACCAGGAAGACACAAAUGAUGAUACUUUGUGUUUUUCUGUUUUAUGCAGAACAUGUAUGAUUGAGAAUACUCAAAGUCGGUGCAGCAGGAUAGCAAGAUGGGAUAAAGACAGGCAGUGAAGGCUACAAAAAACAGCCCAGAGUGACCAAGAAAAAUAUAUAGCUAUAAAAAAAUUCCUUUUACCUUUGUUAUUUACAUAAAAGCACUAGAAGAGAAAAAGAAAAACGAUUCCUGCCAUAUAGAUUUUCUUAGAUAUAGACUUUUAUUUUUCUAACCCCUUCCAAUUUUGGGAGGCAUCAGGUGUAAGAUCAGAUUUCUAUCUUUAUAUGACUAUAGAUUUGUGACCCAUAUUUUGUGCUCACUUUUCUUCUCCCCGGCUUUUAUUUGUUUUGUGUUCAUGGAGCAGAUGGUUGACAGGUCAGAGUGUGUGGCGUAGCUCACCGAACGCUUGCGUUUUAGCAUGAGGAAAAACUUUGCAGAAAAGAGGAGAUUGCGAAAGGGAGGGUUCUGUGCCAGAGACCUGUGAACAGAUUUCCUUUUAGAAAACAAGUAAUAUGCAUUCAGAUGUUGUAUAAUAUUGUAAAGGUGUUAUUUUUUUCUUGUGUGUGUGUCUGUGUGUACGUACACAUAUUUACCUGGUGCUGGCUAUAUUUGAGCCCACACUCUAAGGUAUUAUGUAUUCUUGUAUUGUAAUAUAAGUAAUUAAAAUGUUUUAUACAUA